CAACCCCAGCAGCACUCGCGAGGGUCAUAGGCGGGAGCGAUGGCGGCGGCGGAGGCCUUCGCCUUGUCCUUGGAUCUUUCCGGUGCCUGGUAGCUUCGCUCGUACUGGCGGGCGCGCUCGUAGUCGUCGGCGAGUCGUAGCAUCCUCGGGAGGUCGGUGAAAUCGGUCCUCCGGAUGUAGAGGUGAUACUCCGGCCGUAGGUUGUGAUAUACCCGCUCGAGUCUGUCUUCCGGUGGCAUGCGCCCGUAUCUGCGCAUGAGUGUCUGCAGCGCGGUCACGAAUUCCCGUGCCGUCUCGUUUGUGCCCUGCGUGCGGCGGGCGAUCUCGGCCUCGAGUUCGAAUCUUGUCUUGGCGGGUGCGAAGUACUGCCGGAAGCUUCGUUCAAAGUCGUCCCAUCCAUGCCAGUCGUCUCAGUUGUUGCGGUACCACAGCAAUGCCUGGUCUUUAAACAAUAGCGGCAGACACCGCUGUAGUUGCGCGUGUGUUAGCUCGUAGCUUAUGCGGAAGUCCUCUAGGCGUUCCAGGAAGGCGACCCCAUCCUUGCCGUCAAAUUGUAUGCCCCACUUGCGGACGGUGUCGAGGAGGUCCGUUGUAUCCGACAUUUUCUUUCGUCGCCGUGAGCGGGGAGUUUCCCCCCAGGACGGUUUCGAGAUCGUCUUCACUAGUGUCUUCGGCUGCGGUUUCGUCGUGUUUCUCGAUGUUAACUUUGAUUGCGGCGGGUCUCAUCGCGGCGGUUCGUAUUCUCACUUAUUCGAGUCCCUGUUCGGACGCCAUUUUGUAACCGUUGAAUCCUGUAUGUCUAUUGGCUGCGGAUAGCCGCGGGAUUCAGGGUCCGGCGGCGGGCUCGAAUAAAUGAGAAGACGGUGUGUUCGGUAAUACUAUGGAUUUAUUCUGUUAUAAGCCUACGUUCUAAUAUAUACAUUUCCCUACGCUAAUAUGUACAGUAUGGUCCUCGUAGUGCGAGUUGUGUGUGAUACGCUGGCGACUGUGUCGCGGUGUGUCUACGCACGUUGAGUUUUGGUGCCCUGAUUGGCUACGGCGGCGGUGCGUGUGAUCGGUGUCGGCUUAAUGCCUCGGUAGGCUGCGGCGGCGCGCGCGCCGGUCGGUCGGCGUGGUGAUUGGCGGCGGGUGCGGUACCGGCAGCAGCGGUGCGGUGUUGUGCGGCGGCCCUAAGGCCUAACGCUAGCGGCGCAGUGAAUCGGCGCGGUCGUCGGCACGGUGCCCGGUGUCAGUUGUUCGGCGCAUCAGCUGUUCGCUCGUCGGCGUUAUUGUCACCACGCCUGGUGACAGGUCGCGGAGUCGGUUCCUCCUCAAUGCGGAGUCCCCGGGUCGGGACGACGGCGACCGCUCAGUGCGCGGCCGAGAGCUAGGGCACGGAUCGUAUCGGUGAGCGGCCCCUCAAUACGCGGCCAGGAAGGCACUCACUGCGUGCUCGGGUAGGAUCGCUAGGUUAGGUGACGGCGCUUAAUAUGCGCUCGAGGAUGCCUGGCUCAGUACACCAGGAGGAACGGUCUGCUCACUUCGCAGGCCGGGGAAGCUCUGUCUUCCGUCGCGAGUGGAGGGCUUAUAUACCCUCCACUCAGUGGUGAGGGAAAGAGAGAAGAGCGGAGGGAGCGAGCGAGGUAGGGGUAACGGCCUUACCUCCGUUCAAGCGGUAGUGGAGAAACGGCUCGUUACAAGUGCACUGCCAACCAAACACAUGUAGAUUCUGAACCAGUGGAGGGCAAGCCAACCGAAUGAGAAACACUAAACGAGGACGCACUUAGUGCACACUAGUGCAUCCAAUCGAAUUGAGUGUAACUGAAUAUGGCUAGAUUUUUCAUUACAUGUCAAUCAGCAAGAAAGAUACAUUCGCAUGUGUCAUAGUCAAAUUAAAGCUAGGUCCCAUAGGGCCUAGCAUGGGCCACUAUGAAUCCGCCCGCUGCCGGCAAAUCGAGCACUCGCGGUUCUGGAUACCACCAGAAGGCUUUAGCUGAGAUUCGCAAUUCAUUACUACCAUUCGCGAAUAUCGGCGGAGCUGGAGAGAUAGGUUCCAGCGCUGCUAGUACAAUUUCUACUAUAUCCACGACCAGUGGUAUUAGCUCUGCCUCGGGUCUCAGUGGUCUUUCUGGCGCUUCUGGAUCCGCUGCAGAUAAACCGGAUCAGCGACAAGUGUUGGGACAACUAUUAGCUAUGGGAUAUUCGGAGGAAAUAGGAUUACGUGCCUUGAAAUUCGCGGGAUGGCGAUUAGACGCAGCGAUAGAAUAUUUGAAGCAAGCUCAAGGAGAAUCUUUAAAUGGGCUUGGUAAACUCAACACUAAACUUAUCAGGAAGCCGAGUCUCGAGAGGGAAUUGAAUCUUCAGCGUGGUAGUCCCGCACUGGACAGUGGGGCGGGCAGUUCACGAUCUGACAGUCCGCGCCUCACGGAACUUAGCACGCAUCCGCAGUUGAGCCGUCAGUAUUCACCUAGUAAUUUCGUGGAUCGCGAACCGCCACCGCCGCCGCCACCUCGGUGUAGUUCCACACCACCACCGCCGCCACCACCUCACGGGCCGUAUAGUCAAUCUAAUGUGCCUACCAACAUGCAGCAAAUGCUCAAGCGAAUGUCACCUGCGCCGGUCGUGCCGACGAGAUCGACAUCGACGGCAUCCGGCACGGCCGGCGCCACAUCAACGUCAGUAAAUCCACCGCAACGCGGAACUAGUCCGGUGGCGAAUGCCAAUAACUCCAGCAGCCGCCAGCCGAUGAUUGUACAAAACGGUCCGCAGGUGCAGCAACAACUGACGCAACAAAUGCAAGCGCUCAGUAUUUAUCAGACGAGUAAUAGCAAUACGAAUACCCAGGUCGAACCUCCGCCACCGUAUCCGAUAGUCCCAUCCUCAACUUCUGGUCAGCCAGUACAGCCACCUUCUUACAGCGUUUCCAUGCAAAAUCGACAAAGUCCCACACAAUCACAGCAGGAUUAUCGUAAAAGUCCAUCGUCAGGCAUCUAUUCGGGACCGACGUCCGCUGGGACACCUAGUCCCAUCACUGUAUCCGCAAUAUCGCCCACCAGCACACAGACGUCAAUGGCGCGGCCGACACCGCUGCAAGCGUGGGGUGCACGGCAAGCUAAAACACAACCGCCGAUUAUCAUGCAAUCGGUAAAAAGUACGCAAGUACAGAAACCAGUGCUGCAGACUGCUAUUGCACCCACGGCGCCGCAGUCAAUUUCCACAAGUAACACGCCGCCCCCGCCGCCUUCUUAUGCGUCGUCCAUUCAGCAGAAGCAGCAGCAACAACAACCACCGCCCGUUUAUCCACCCGUAAAUAAUGUGACUCCGUCGCCUACUAGUAUACCGACAACGGAACCGCCGAGUUACGCUACAACAAUGCAGGCAUUAGCGGCGCAGCGCGGUAUACAUCAUCCGUUGCCGCCGCCACCUUAUAGCACCCCCUCCGAGGACACUACAAUUAUUUCUUCGACGAUGGAAAGUGGUAAUGCGUCACGAACUUCUCCCGUACCUCAUCACCCACCACUUCAAAGAAAAUACUCUCCGGCUGAUAAUUGUCAACACACGAUGGAUGCGCCAUCAUUGUCACUGGUCGCCUCGACUUCCAUAUCUGCGAGGAACAAUAAUCAUUCAUCCCUGCCCGAAAAUACCGUUGUUGGUACCAAGAAUAGCAAUAGCACGAAAGGUGACGGCAGCGGUAGUACGCCAUCGUCCUAUAAAAUUAAGCAUCAGUCUCCUAUUCCAGAGCGCAAGACUAUGAGCAUAGAGAAGGAAGAGGAACGUAGGGAUUGCAAGGUGAGAAAUUAUUCUCCCCAGGCUUUCAAAUUUUUUAUGGAACAGCACGUGGAAAAUAUCCUCAAAUCACAUAAGCAGCGACUAUAUCGACGUAUGCAAUUGGAGACAGAGAUGGCGAAAAUUGGCCUAAGUGCAGAGGCGCAGUGCAUGAUGAGAAAGAUGCUGUCUCAGAAAGAAUCCAAUUACAUUAGACUAAAGCGAGCGAAAAUGGACAAAUCGAUGUUCACGAAAAUCAAACCGAUCGGUGUUGGCGCCUUCGGUGAGGUUACGCUUGUGAGAAAACUCGAUACUAAUCAAUUUUAUGCGAUGAAGACUUUACGCAAGGCUGACGUACUAAAUCGCAAUCAAGUCGCGCACGUGAAAGCCGAGCGUGAUAUAUUGGCGGAGGCCGACAACGAAUGGGUCGUUAAACUCUACUACUCGUUCCAGGAUAAGGACAAUUUAUAUUUUGUCAUGGAUUAUAUACCUGGUGGAGACUUGAUGUCACUACUCAUUAAACUUGGAAUCUUCAAGGAGCCGUUGGCAAGAUUUUAUAUCGCCGAGCUCACGUGCGCGGUUGAAAGUGUUCACAAAAUGGGGUUUAUUCAUAGAGACAUUAAACCAGACAACAUUCUAAUCGAUCGCGACGGACAUAUUAAAUUGACUGACUUUGGCCUCUGUACAGGAUUUCGUUGGACUCACAAUUCUAAAUAUUACCAACAAAAUGGCCAUGGUAAACAAGACUCAAUGGAUCCAGCUGAUGAUUGGAACAACGAAUGCCAAUGCAUACAGUUAAAGCCUUUAGAGCGUAGAAGACAUAGGGAACAUCAAAGAUGUUUAGCGCAUUCUCUGGUCGGAACGCCGAAUUACAUCGCACCAGAAGUCCUACAACGUACAGGAUAUACACAGUUGUGUGAUUGGUGGAGUGUAGGAGUAAUCUUAUACGAAAUGUUAGUCGGUUCUCCACCAUUUCUUGCCAAUACUCCUGCUGAAACUCAAUUUAAGGUCAUUAAUUGGGAAACAACACUUCAUAUACCGAAACAAGCAAAUCUUUCAUCGGAAAGUAUGGAUUUAAUCUUAAAGCUCUGCGUCGGUGCCGAUCGUCGUUUAGGUAAAAAUGCGAACGAAGUUAAAAAUCAUCCAUUCUUCGCGAGUAUUGACUUCGAGAAGGGACUACGACGCCAAAUGGCUCCACACAUACCUCGUAUAGAAUAUCCAACUGAUACGAGUAAUUUCGAUCCCGUGGAUCCUGAUAAAUUACGCAACUCUGAAUCGUCGGACUCGAAUAAAUCAGACGAAUUGCUGGACAACGGAAAGCCGUUUCAUGGCUUCUUCGAGUUUACAUUCAGGCGCUUCUUCGACGACGGUGGUGGUCCCGCGUACCCUAGUCGAAUUAGCUUGGAUGAUAACGACAAUCAAGGUCCCGUCUACGUAUGACAUUAGGUUAAAUUUUACAUUUAAAAAACACUUCACCGUCUACUGUUUCCCUAUUCCGACAUUUGUCUGUCGAUGCAUUUCUAUUUGUCAUUUCUAUCAAGGUGUCCAAGUUUUUAUUACAUUUUUUAUACAUGGCCAUUCUUCGUCUGAUUCUUCGUUUUAUCUGUUUCCUGAAUUUAUAAAUCUGUUAUAACAAAAUCUGUUUAAAUAAGUUUGUUUUUUUAAAAAGAAGGACAAAUAAUUUUAUUAGAAAUUAUUUUAGUUUUUGGAUAGUCAAUUUUUUCAAAUCACUGAACAUUUGGAUGGCAUUUUGCUGAACUUAACUACAAUUUUAAUUAAUCUGUCGAAACACAUACUUUAAAUAGAAAAAUAUUAUUUAAAUAAAAGUUUUAAAGCAAUAUCCAAGAUUUCUGUAAAUAUGAUUCUGAGUUUUUUAAAGUUUGAUAUACUUAAUAAGGUUUAAAAAAUUAAAAAAGCACUUUAUUUCUUUAUGACAUAUUAUUGAAAUUCAUUAUUGAAAAAAUUUAGUAAUGAAUUUUAUUGAUCAUACUAAUUAAGGGGAUGCUACCCAAUUAACCAUUCAUUGCUAAAUUGUUAGCAGACUGCAAACAAUUUCUUGCAAAAUUAGGCUACCAAAACCAUUUUCUCGAAUGCGCCAAAUUGUAAGCAAAAAUUGUCAUCAAAUCCUGAUAUCAAAUUGGGUGCAACACUAGGAGUUGCACUCAAUUGGCUGCAUUAAUUUGUUAUUGUAAUGACAGAUCUGCAAUUAGGUUCAGAUCUAUCAUUAUAAUAACACAAUUUGCUGACAUUGUUUGCACUUUGGUGUUGGCCGUCAAUCUGUCAUUAAUACUUUCAACAAAUCUGCUGCAGUUCACUAUCAUUUUGUUAUGUAUUCUAAUGACAUAUGUUGUUAAAUAUUUGCUGAGUAUCUGCUAACAAUAUUUGCAAUGACAAGAUAUGUUUCUCAUUUGCUACUUUUUUGGCAACAGAAUCUGUUGCCAACAUGUGCCAUAGCAGAUAUGAUUAUAGGGGUAAGUACGUAAAAUUUGAUCGGUAAUGUAGAGUCAUUUGUGCAUAUUAUUAAUAAGAUUUUGUACGUAUUUUUUUAUAGAUUUGGAAAUUCUUUUCCAAAAUUAAAGUAUACGUAUUAAUAUCAGCUUAUGAAUUGGACUUUAUAUCGAGAAUGAAAAAAAUUUUCUUCAGACUGCUCUUUUUAUUAACCUAUAUCUGGAUUUGCAAUUAUAAAAAGUUCAUAAUGCUAAUAUUUUUUUCUAGGGUUUUAAUCUUAGUUUGUAUUACACGAUAUUCGUAUAUCUUAUUCCUAGAGGAAUAUAAGGUUUUAUUUGGCACAUAUAUAUCGUAGAUUUUGCAUAUUAAGCAAAUAUUGUCAUCAAGUGACAACUCAACGUAUCAAAAAUAAAAAUUUUUUUGUUUUUUACAUGAAUUCGAUCUUUUUUCUUUAGAUUUGGUACGUACUUUAAUUGUAUAAAAAUGUUUUGCGAUUCUAUAAUCAACUAAAAAAAUUAGUUAAAGAAAUGUCAAUAAAACAGAUGACUUUAGGAUUCCUUUAAGAUUAAAAAAAAUUUUUCAUGCAAUUCUAUCACGUGAAUUCUAUUGUUUCAAAAUUAGUAAAAAAUUUCCCAGCAAACACAAAGUUACAUGUAACGUGCUUGUUAGUUGUAAUUUUCUACUCAAUAAUAUAAUUGUAAUAUAACGCACGUGUUAUAUUACAAUUACAUUGUUGAGUGGGAAAUUACAACAGGCAUGUUACAUGUAACUUGGUGUUUGGUGGAUUAUUAAAUAAAGUAGUUUACAAUUAGCAUAUUCACAAGAAUCAGCAUGUUUUUUUUUAAUUUUAUUUUAUUAGGUGCAUUAGAAACUUUUGAAA